AUGGCGACGACUGGAGUUGGAUUUCGGUGGUUAGAUUUAUUGGAAAAGGAGUUUGAUAAAGCAUGUGUCGAAUUAGAAACAUGCUUAACAGAAUUGGAAUCCGAGGACCAGGUGGCUAUGUUCUGUGGUCGCCAGAAGAUAGCUACACUGAGUUCCUGUUUUGCACAACUGACUCACAAAGCCCUCACUAUAUUUCAAAAUAGUGCAAAACUUGAGGUAUGUUUGAUAUAA